AUGUGUGAAGGGUUCUCAUCCCUUAAAGCUCAGAUGUCCUGUGGUCAUGCAGUGACCCCCAUGUCUCUCACCAACUGGUGUCUCAAGCUGCUGGAACAGGGUAGUAGUAGAUUUGUGUGCGGCCAGUUUGGUUGCGAUGCUGAGUGGUCCUACGCGGAGGUCCGUAAGAUGGCUCUGCUGACCCCUCAAGAGAUGAAGCACUUUGACAAAGCACUGGCCCUCAAUGCUGGACAAAGAAAAGUGUUUCACUUUUGUUUUUCUCCAUCUGCUACUUCACAAUGUCCUGAAUGCAAGACCCCAGCUGCAAGACAGAGUGAAAAUAAUCUUUGUGUCCCCUGUCAAGUCUGCACAGCAAAGAAUGGACACACCUAUGAGUUCUGCUGGCAGUGUCUGAGGGAGUGGAAAGGUCCAAAGCCUUGCUCAGAGCGCUGUGAAAACAUCGGCUGUUGCAACUCAGCGUUGGAAACACUGAUAACCUGCCCAGAUAUCAUCUUUGAGUCUGUGGUGGGAGUGAGAGGGUGUCCCUCUGUCCGAGCCUGUCCCACAUGUGGCUCACUGCUAGAGCAUAAACGAAGCCACUGUAAACACAUUAGGUGUCCUCGAUGCAGGCUUGGCUUCUGUUUUGUGUGUUUGAAGGCUUCUGCUGAAUGUUUAAAAACAAGUAGUUAUUUUGAAGCAUGCUCCUGUGGUGUCGCUCCCAGACAGACCUCUGUACCUGUGUGGAAAAAUAAAAUAAAUCUUCACUAA